GUUCCAAUAUAAUGCAGGCUCUUGGGAAUCUGAGAAACUACUGAUGUUUCUCCCCAUAGUAGAAUUAUACCCAGAAAUGAUUUGAUGAAAUGUUAUGGCCUAUUUCAUGCAUAAAGAGAACUUCUGCUCAUUAAACCAAUGACAGUAGAUAUUUUCUGCCCUUGCGCCUGCUUCUAGGAACAAUUAUGAAACUAACAAAGCUUACAGAACCUGGGAGAAGAACCGUAUUAGAACAGAGUUUUACCAGAUGUUGCCUUCAAACGAUCUAUAAUUGUAUUUGUCUCUCAUUACCGACAGCAGCCUCAGCCUGCCAUAGAAGAUCCUCUUUCUCUCUUUUUGAGACCACAGAGUAGAUGGACAGUUAAUGCAUCAGCAGCAAAGACGUCAGAAAUGUCUCCUGAUGAGUCCUGGUCGCCAGCUGAAGAUGACAGCCAAGCAUCAAAACUAGCUAGGAAAUCCAGAGAUGCCCCCUUUGUUCCCAUAGGUCUGGCAGGCUGCUUUGCUGUAGUGGGCUAUGGCCUUUACAAGCUGAAACACAGAGGAAGCCAAAAAAUGUCAGUCCACCUCAUCCACAUGAGAGUUGCAGCACAAAGCUUUGUUGUGGGUGCAAUAACAGUAGGAGUUCUAUAUUCCAUGUAUACGGAUUACAUGAAACGUUCGGGCACCAGUGGACCGAACAAAUGAUCAUCAUCAUCAAAGCAAAGAGGAAGAGGAA